AUGUCGCAACCAACCCCCCCUCAGUCUAAUAGCAUUCUGGAACACAUCGGCCAGACACCUUUGGUGAAGCUGAACAAGAUCCCUCAAUCACUGGGAAUCAAGGCCCCCAUCUACGCCAAGGUUGAGCUCUUCAACUCUGGUGGCUCGAUCAAAGAUCGUAUUGCCUUGCGCAUGGUGGAAGAAGCUGAGAAGGCUGGAAAGAUUACUCCAGGUGUGAGCACUUUGAUUGAGCCCACCUCUGGUAACACCGGUAUAGGUCUUGCCUUGGUGGGUGCCGUGAAGGGAUACAGAACCAUCAUUACUCUGCCAGAGAAGAUGUCUAACGAGAAGGUCUCUGUGUUGAAGGCCCUUGGUGCCGAGAUUAUUAGAACCCCCACCGAGGCCGCUUGGGAUGCUCCCGAAUCGCACAUUGGUGUUGCCAGGAAACUGGAGAAGGAGAUUCCAAACUCCAUCAUCUUGGACCAAUACGGCAACCCAAACAACCCAGAUGCCCAUUACUACACCACCGGUAAGGAGAUCUGGGAACAGUCGAAUGGUAAGGUUACUCAUCUGAUUGCUGGUGCCGGUACCGGAGGAACCAUCACCGGUAUUGCCAAGUACCUGAAGGAGAAGAACCCAAACAUCAAGGUGAUUGGUGCUGACCCAUACGGUUCCAUUCUGGCCGUUCCAGAGAGCUUGAACGCUUCUAAUGAACAGUACAAGGUGGAAGGGAUUGGUUACGAUUUCAUCCCUGACGUCUUGAAGAGAGAGGAGGUUGACAAAUGGUACAAGACCAAUGACAGAGAGUCUUUCCACUUGGCCAGAAGGCUUAUCCGCGAGGAAGGUAUUCUUGUUGGUGGAUCUUCGGGUUCCUCCUUGCAGGCCACACUAGAAACUAUCCAGGAGUACAACUUGGGAGAAGAUGCCUACGUUGUUUUCGUUUGUCCAGACAGCAUCAGAUCCUAUCUGUCCAAGUUUGCAGACGAUGACUGGAUGAAAUUGAACGGAUUUGGCGAAGAAACCGAGAAGACCCCAAGAAGAAACAGUCUGAACCAAAAGGACGCUUUUGAGACCUUGAACUCGUACACCGUCAAAGACCUGAAGCUGAAGCCAGUUGUUGCGGUUAAGUCCACCGACUCUGUCGGAACCACCAUCAAGCUUUUGGAGUCCAAGGGCUUUGACCAGGUCCCAGUGCUUUCAGACAGUUCAAAGCUGGUGGGAAUCGUCACCUUGUCGAAUAUCCUGAAGAAAUUAUCAACCAACAAGAUCAACAUCAACUCGCCAGUCUCCGAGACCUUCUUUGACUUCAGGAACUUGAAAAACUUUGAGAAAUCCUACAACAUCAACAAGGAGUCUUCCAAUAAGAGAAGAGAGUACCAGCUGAUUACCCCCGUAACCAGCUUGGAGAAAUUGAACAAGUUCUUCGAGACAAACUCUGCUGCUGUGAUCUCAGACGAGUCAGGCAAGCCAUUGCACCUGGUCACCAAGGUUGAUCUGGUGUCCUUUCUUGCAGCCAAGGGUGAGUUCAAUUAA